UCGUGCAGAUGGGUUUCAUGGUUGUGUUUGGGUCAGGCUACAUAGUAUGGCAUUUUCGCAUGCGAUUUGCGUGCAGUUAGCUGUCGAUUUCUUGAUAAGAUGUUAGAGACUCUAUUUCAACCACAACUGCACAAAUACUAGCUAAAAAAUGAAUAUGUAUUGUUGUGUUGUCUGCCACCGAUUAAGCCUGGUUUGCUCCUCUGCUACCAGAGCAUGCUAAAAUGGACCAUCAUGAAUACCAAAUAUAGUACAACAAAGUUAAUAGGCUUAACGUUGUCAAUGCUUCUGAUAACAUUGCUAAUGCAUGAUGGGAUGGACUGCAGUUUAUUUACAAGAUACAUUAUGCAUCCAAAUGAAGGUUGUCUUCAACGGUAUCCCUUUACUGUUACACUAAUGGGGACUUAAGACCCACCACUGGACUAAUCUAUACUUCUCCUGAGAGGAACUGGAAAGUAAAAUCAGUUGCCAUGCGUGUCAGUCUGUGCCAGGGCCUGUUAUCUGGCGCCAUCCUCCUCAACCUCCUCAUCCUCUACUUCGUGUCCCGGGCCCAGCAGCAAAUGAUGGAGAAGAGGAAGGAGCUUGGCAGGGGCACGAGAAGGUCAGCCCUACCGGCCUCAGGUCUGGGGGGAGGCCUAGGGGUUCUUGUAGGAGUUGGAGGUGACCUUGGAGUGGGCGGAGGUGAGGGUCACAGUCGUGGCCAACGCGUGACUGUUCUUCUUCGGGAGUUUGAAAACUUUGAGAAUUACGUUGGGGAUGUGGCUAACUCCUUCCUCCGCCAGAGACCCGAGCUUCCCUUCUUGGCUGUAGCUGACAUGUCUCCGUACCCCCCCCUGCUGCUCCCAGAGGGGGCGCGCCUUCUAGUGCUCUCGCCCAGCCCGGACCAGCCACCGCAAGCUCACAGGCCUGAGUUUCACGUCCAGACAGAGUUUGUGCUGCUGGUGCCUGAUGGAGUAGAGUUGGAACAACCUCGGGCUAUUGAAAGGCUCAUCAGGGAGCUGGAAGGUGAGGGUGGGGGGCCUGUGAGGCUGGUGGCUUCCCCUGUGCUGGCUCGAUCGGCUGUGCAGUGUCUCCACCUGCGGGUGAACCUCAGAGAGUGGACAGCCACCUACUCGCCGGCUGCGUCUGGGAGCAGUGGGAGUGUGUGUACGGCUCUACAAGGAGAUGCAGUUGUCCUCAUUCGCACUGAGGAUCUAUUUAACCUCUCUGUCCCUCUGGGGCGGCCCCUUUUCUCCUCGCUCUUUGUCCAGACUGCCUUGAGAGGCUGGAAGGUCAAGCUGCUGGAGAGCCCCUGUUUCGCCGCAAACCACCGGCCCCUCUUCAGCUCCGCUCACAACCAAUGGAAGGCCGACACGAGAUUAAAGGAGACGACCGGGAAGCUCAUGAGGAGUUUUGGUCUAAAGCGACUCCUGCUGUCCGAUGGGAAGGAACAGUGGUAUGGCUGUAGUAAAGAGACGCCUCGCUGCUUUGGCACUGUACAGGACGACACUCCAGACUACCUUUAUCUGGAUCGAUGGACACCUCCCUGCUGCCUGCGGGCUCUCAGGGAAACCACCAAAUAUGUUAUCAACAUCCUGGAGACCUCAGGCGUACGCUACUGGCUGGAAGGGGGGUCUCUUCUGGGCGCUGUCCGUCAUCAGGACAUCAUCCCAUGGGAUUAUGAUGUGGACCUGGGCAUCUACCUGGAGGAUAUUCCCAACUGUGAUCACUUGAAGAACCUCGACUCAGGCUCUCUUGUGGAUGCUAACGGCUAUGUGUGGGAGCGUGCAGUGGAAGGAGACUUCUACAGGGUCCAGUACAGCGAGGCCAACCACCUGCAUGUUGACCUGUGGCCGUUCUAUCCGCGUAAUGGCGUCAUGACAAAAGACACAUGGACAGAACACAAGCAGGAUGUGGAGUUCCCGGAGCACUUUCUGCAGCCGCUGGUGCCCAUGUCCUUUGCCGGCAUCACCGCCUACGGCCCCAACAACCACCGAGCCUUCUUGGAGCUCAAGUUUGGAGAGGGCGUUAUUGAGAACCCCCAGUAUCCCAACCCCACAAAAAAGAGGCUGGACAGAAGCAAAUUAUGAGAGAUAGAGACUCCAAAGCCUGUUUAUGUUGUAUUAUAUUUGUUUACUUAAAAACACUGAAAAUGUUGCCUCAAUUUAUUUUAUUGAAAGAAAAAAUAUGAUGCCUGAAAACUAAUACGGUACCAAAAAAACUGUAUUUGCUUUCUAUUUUACAACAGUUAUAUCACCACUAUUAUCUACUGCCUGGUCAAGAUUUCUUCAUCAUCAGUAUUUGGAUGUAUAAUCAAAAAUGUUUUCUGCCUUUCUAAGUUCAAUGCAAUAGUGCAAAUUCAAAAUGGUCGAAGACUGGUUUUACUACAUGGUGCACUAAAUCUGUACUGUAAAGUACACAUAUGACUGCUGUAAAGAUGAUACAUACUACAAAUGUAUUGUCUUGUUAAUAGGUGCAAAGUACUUUAUCUUAAACAGUAUUUAAGAUUAUGUACAGAAUAAUUUAUGCACUUGUACUUUCAAUUUUGCACAGUUUGUGAAUAAAUGUUAAUGUGUAUUUAUGCCAUUUGGCCAAUACAUCACCAUGUUGUGAAAUGAGAAACAAAUCAUCCUUAACCCUGUUAUUGUUGGCAAUAGGGGAGGUUUAUAUGGCCUUAGUAUUCAGUAAAAAACAUUGACUGGAAUUUCCUCGAUUAAUAACCCUUAGCUCAGUUAUGUGUGACUACUGAGCGCCCAUUAUUUAUUUACUGAAAUUGAAUUCCAAUUAAAGAGAUUAAUCAAAGCAAAUAUUUUAAUUGUGAAGUUGGACAUACAGACUUACCAACUUCUCUGGGUACAACAUGUUUCCUAUAAUGUUGUUGCUUGUGUGUGAUGUAUUAAGAUGUAACCCCAAUUGAUGAACUAGUCAAAUAAAUGAAUGUUUUAUUAAUUUGUUUUGAGGGUUGAUGGCAAAUACACACAGUAUAAAGGAGGGUUGCAAUUCUUUUUGAACACCAGGUGGCACAACACACUUGAGUAUUAUCUGGCCUUUACAACUCCUAAGCUUCUGCACUAAGUUGUGUUAACCAUACUGUUAACAGCAUUAUGGGAGUUCUUCAGCCAUAUGGCAUGAGCCCAGGGGGUGGGGGGUUAUAACAGGACACACAGGAAUGCAACUCGCUUGUACGUCAGACUGUCCCAAUGGUGGUGUAUUUGCGUUACUUACUUAAUGUAGGAUAACCAAAAUUGUUCAUAAAUGGCUGUGGGGUUAUUUUUGGAUUAAAAUAAAUAGGAAUCUCAGUACAUAUUAAAUCAGUUUUCCCUCUUGCAUGCUGCCAUAGUAUAUAAUCUGGAAAUGACUGACUCGAACUAGAGUUUUCAUGAGGCAACAAAUAUAUUUUUCUUUGCAGAUUGUAGUGCAUGCAAUUAAAACACACACCCCUCUCUCACGAUGUUAAUGAAAGUGACAACACUCUUCAACCAAGUCUCGUAAAAAUAGGGCCAGUAUUCCUUCCUGUAAUCUUGCUGGCAAACAAAUCAAAACUAUAACCUACUUGACGGAGUUACCAAAACAAUGGCCAGGAGACCAAAUAAUAAAUUAAAAAAAAGGCCUUUAUUGUUUACAUCCUUCAGACAGUAAAUUCAGACUGUAACCUGGGAAGAUUUGAAACACUAAUAAAUGUACAACUACCAUGUGCACACGCACAACACAGAUAAUAUGCGCGGACCAGACAGAUGUCCAUAUAGUGAAAGAUCUCAGAAGGGAAUGAUAAAAUCUUUACAACCUUCCACCAAAUGCUUAACAUAUUAUACAUUUGACUGUAGAAAUGAUGAGGCCGCAGGACUGCAGUGAUUUCCUUUUUUUGACCAUCAUGGGAUAUACUGCAAAACUAGAACAGUAUAAAAGCUGAUAAAGAAUACAGACUUGAUGAAUUUGUAUUGAACAUUAGUCAAAUAUAUCCCAGUAAUUUGGUUGCUUUUAACAGUUAAUGAUAUGGAUGGAAGUAAUACACAUUCAAUAGUGCAACUGCAGUUAAUCAUACAUACAUGGCAUAUGGUGCACACAUUGAAUGCAUGUCACAUUUGAAAAUAGACGUGUAGCUAUAGGGUGCCACCAAUACAAUUCAUACCAUCACUUCUUUUUUACAGUCUCACAAGUCUACCACUGCUAAUAUGAAAAAGAAUAUUCCAAAAGGAUCAGCUUUUACAAAGAGUCUACAAUCUAACCCACAACAUGUAACUGCAUUUUGGAGUAACUAACAUGUCAAAACAUACGCUAAAAAAAUCUCUUUGGAUUUUGAUUAGGGAAAUAAAUAGAAAUUAAACAAAUUAUCAGAGGCAUUAACGAUGACAUACAUGUAGGCCUGAAGCCCAUAUAUAAUUAGUAUUUCAUGAUUAUGUCCAUCAAAGGCAAACUUAAACAGGUUUAUGUGGAGACAUGCUUAACUUUGACUUAAAUCCUUUCAGUUUUCAGGCCCCAACAAUCAAAACAAACUAGCAGUCCAUUGCUGCUAUUUGAUCAAUAUAGCAAAAUCCUUGUAGUGGAAGGACUUGUUAGUGACUUACACAUCACAUUAAGUCACGCUUUACACAAUGUCAAACAAAUGUCCUUAUAACAGUCUGUGCUUUAACAUGCAUCUGUGCAUUGGUUAUAUGAUGGUACCUACACAGAGCAACAGCAAGUAAAAUUGAACAUGUAGGCUUUGGUUAAAAAAUAAAAAUCUCCUUGGAAAUGACAUUCAAAGUUAACGGGUGUUGAACGUUUUCCUUGUUUGGGUGAUUUUUGGUCUCAGAAUAUUAAAAGUACAGUCUUCAAGCCAUAGUUAAACCUGAGGUUGUGUUGCCAGCCUUCACACCACCGUCCAUCAGAAGAGGCAGAAAGGCUUGGAGGUCAAUCUGUUUCCAUAUAUAUUGACGUAGUUUUAAGCCCUUGAGUUAAAAGUUCCUUCAUUAAGCAUAGGGGUAUUGAAAUAGCAUCAAGCAUGUCCUUUUGUGCGGCUGAAGAGGAUAUUAUUUCCUUUGUGUGCUAUUGCUUUUUACCAUGAGAGAGU